ACCUACAAAUCACGUCUUCCAUUGUCUUUCUAUGUUGAUAACCGUCCAUCCCUAUCUUCUUCCGUUUGCCUUGAAAAUCCAUGGAACGUAUGGUAGCUGUGCGCAGCAGCUUUCAAGCCGGCAUCCACAACGUUGAUACAUACCGCAGGCAGAAGCUGCUCUUCUCCAUUUCCAUCUCCAUCAUCCUCAUCAUAGCUGUUAUCGCCGCCGCUCGUUAUCCCGAAUUGAUCUUCGAUUGUGCAUUCCUCUGCGUUUAUUGCGCUGGCCUGUACACUGACAUGGUAAUGGGUUAUGCUGCUCUACCAUAGAACAUGCUCGACAGCCUCUCCGAGCAGGCAGGUACGCAUCCAGCUGCGGUUAACGGUAUACAAGCACUAUCAGCUCGGAUUGUGCGUCACUUCCACCGACGGGAUCAUGUCACGCAAAUAUCUGGGGAUAAUCGCGCAAAUGCAUCAUGAUUUCAGCCCUGUUGUUUCAGAAACGUAUCUCGACAGGUGAUGUUGAUGGGUGGCGUUCCCGGACUGCGAGGCACUCCGGAUAUGGCACGCAGGAGUUGACGGUAGUCUCCUGGGAGGACGUGUACUCAAAG